UGCAGGUGGGGCUGAGGCCUUGGGGGUUAUGUUACAGGGCUUCGGCUGGACCCUGCCUGCUUCAAACUCUGAAACCGACAGUGCUCUGACAGACAGACAGAGGACAGAAGGGUACAGUAUCACAGAAGAGGAAGGAAACAGAGAGGGAUUUUGUUAAGAAGUGAAAGAAAGCUAAAAGAGACACCAAAGAAGGAGAUAAUAGAGUGAUUAAGAGAGCAGAAAAAUAAGGUGCUGUGUGCUGAUACUGACCACCCACCGACCACCUAGUAAUUCAUCUCCACCUGUCAGUUGUCCUUUCUUAUAAAACCCAAGUCACUUAAUGAGUCAGUAAUUGUUAACCUGUCCAUCUGUCCCUUUAAUCUGUCAGUCAGUCAGUACUCGGUUGAGGAAUAAAGUGCCAGAAAGUCUGUCCAUGAAAACCUUAAAAACACACAUAAAAAUACAUUAAAACUUGUCUGACAGAGUGUCAGUCGACAUUUUAUGACUAUUAGCCUGUGAUUUAGGGAUCACUGUUAAUUGUAACUAAUAUAGAGAACCACUUAAAUUAGCCCAAGUGUCAUCAUGGCCCCCAAGAAGAAAUCACCUCGGCCCAAGAAGGCAACCCCAGAGCCGGUGCAGGUGGAGAGUGGGGUAGUGGUGCCUGAGCCAGGAGUUAAGAAACUAGAAUUACCUUUAAAUGUUGAGCAGCUGAACCGACUCAACGGGAUCCCCCUGCCACCCCCCGUGAUCCGCCCUGGGGAGAGGGGCUUCGGCCUAGGGGGUGAGUUGACUCGGCCCCUGCACGGAUCGGCUCUUCUGGAGGAGCUGAGCCGCAUGAGGCAGGAGCGCUUCCUCACUGACCUGGAGCUGGCCUGCAAGACCAAGUCCUUUGAUGUCCACAAGCUGGUCCUGUCCUCUGUCAGUCAGUAUUUGCGUGAAGUCCUGGCCAAGGAUUCAGGCCUCAAGCGCCUGGAGCUGCCUACCCUCUCACCCCUAGGUCUAGCCAAUGUGAUCACUUUUGCUUAUCUGGGCCGUGUGCACAUGUCCCUGUACACUAUUGGCUGUACGGUGUCUGCGGCCAGCACACUGCAGAUCCCCCACCUCCUGCAGAUGUGCAUGGACUUCCUGAUGUCAGAGCUGAAUGUGCACACCUGCGUGUAUGUGUGGAACAUCGGCACGGCCUAUGGCCUGGGCCCAGUGCGGGAUGCUGCCCGUCGCUUUGUGCUGGAGAACUUUGCCCAGUUCUCUGAGACGCCUCAGUUCACUCAGCUCACACUGGAGCAGAUUGUUGCUUUCCUGCAGGACGACAAUCUUAUCCUGCCUUCCGAGGUCACCACUUUCCAGGUAGCCAUGAAGUGGCUGGAUUUUGACCCAACCAGACAGGCUCAUGCUUCUGAGCUGCUGUCUCAUGUACGCUUUGAGACCAUCCCUGCCAGUGAGCUUGUCAGUGAGAUCCAGCCUGUUGCACGUAUGAUGCAGGACCCUCAGUGUCACCGUCUAUUGGUGGAUGCCAUGAACUACCAUUUGCUACCAUACCAGCAGAAUACUCUACAGUCCCGCCGCACCAAGGUCCGUGGCAGCCAGACCACACUGCUCACCAUCGGAGGGCGCCCCUCCCUCACUGAGCGGGCCCUGAGCCGAGAGGUGCUAUGGAGAGACCCUCGUGAGGGAGCUGCCACAUGGCGCCAUCUUUCCCAGCUCCCUGCUAAAAGCUUCAACCAGUGUGUUGCUGUGAUGGAUGGUUUCCUAUACGUGGCAGGUGGAGAGGACCAGAAUGAUGCCAGAAACCAGGCCAAACAUGCUGUCAGCACCCUCUGCAGAUACGACCCCCGCUUUAAUACCUGGCUGCACCUGAGCAGCAUGCGCCAGCGCCGCACCCACUUCAGCCUGGUGGCUACUGGAGGGCGCCUCGUUGCCAUAGGCGGCCGGAACACCGAUGGACUGCUGGCCACCAUCGAGAGCUAUCUUCCAUCUUCCAACAGCUGGCAACUCCGUGCUCCCAUGGAAAUGCCGCGCUGCUGCCACGCCAGUGCUGUCCUGCCCUCGGGCGACGUCCUGGUGACUGGAGGCUACAUCAACUGCGCCUACUCCCGCUCUGUGGCUUGCUACAGCCUGGAGAGCGACAGCUGGAGUGAGCGGGCGCAGCUGGAGACGCCCCGCGGGUGGCACUGCUCAGCCACGCUGGGUGGCAAGGUGUACGUGGUGGGUGGUAGCCAGCUGGGCCUGGGUGGAGAGCGUGUGGAUGUGCUGACCACUGAGGUGUUCUGCCCGGAGAGCGGUCAGUGGAGCAGGGCUGCCUCCCUACCCCUGGGAGUGAGCACUGGUGGCCUGUCCCCAUUGGGUGACCACCUGUACCUCUUGGGUGGCUGGAAUGAAGCAGAAAAGCGCUACAAGGCAGCAGUUCAGCGCUAUGAUCCAGGCACCGACACCUGGUCCAUUGCAGAAGACCUGCCUGAGCCCACGGUGGGCGUGUCCUGUUGCGCCCUGGCCCUGCCCCCACGCCACACUUCUCGUAGGCACCGCAACACCCCCAACCAUGAAGAGCAAGGCAGCAUGACUGCAUGAGAGAAGAAGGAAGGCAGGAAGGAGAGGAAGAGAAAGAAGAAGAGAGUGAUUAGUAGAGAGGAAAGUGAGAGAUAAAUAAAGAAGAAGUACACAGCUACUAGUCAGUGAGGGUUAAAAGAAGAGAGUGAAGUAGAUGGUGGGGUGGAACCAUUUUUGGCUCCUUUACUGCUAAGAUAUCAUUAUGUACCAAGGUAUCAAGGGAGUUUAGUGUUACAGGGCCCACUUUUUAACAAUGUGAAAAUGACUAGGAAUGCACCCCGUACUGUAUGUGCUUCCACAGAAUGUAUGGGAGGUGUUUGAGCCAGUGAGAAAGCGAGCAUGCCUGUGCUUGUGUGUCCUGUUUAUGUUUGUAUGCCCGAAUGUUAGAAUGAAUGAGUUUUAGAAAUUGAGCCAUACAGUCCUUUGCAAAAUAUCACCUCACCAAUCGCAACUACACAAAGGGUAGAGUAGAAUGAAACCAUCACUUAAUCUCAGCCUAUUUAUUACAUUACAUAUUUAUUGUGUGCUACAUAUUUAUCAAGGGAUAUUUCUCAAAGUAGUUUAGCUCAAUGGCUAAAAAGAAUAUACAUGUAUUAAUACUGAAACUGAAACAUUUAUAUACUAUGCACAUGCAACACUAAGGGCACUGAUGUGAGUUGGCUGGAGAAUGUUCCACUGAAGGCACAUAUGAGGAGAACAUAACAUUGUGAUCUUUACCAUUAAAUAGAACAUGUAUAGUGGGGUCCAAAUGCCUGAGACAUUUUUUUUUGUCUAAAAUAAAGAUAAAGUUCUAGUAAUUUGAAACAUUUUCAACAAAGAAACUAUGACAAGUAAAAUGAAGAAGAAAUAUUUAACAUUCUGAACUAUUGCUAGGUCACUAUUCAAAUGUAAAGCUGCACUAUGUAAGAUUUGGACGCAACAUGCGGAAGAAUAUUUUGUAACGUCGGUUGUGCUCCGGUCCCCAACGAGUGGAUGAAUCUGAUGUUUGUGAGCACGUUUAAAGAGCUUUCAGUGAGAACUCAGUUAAAACAUGCUGAAGGACGUGUCUUCCGAGGAUGUGAGUGAAUUAUCUACUACUGUCAUCAUAUCUUCAUUAGUAUAAUGUUGAUUUUGCGUUUGAGACCUGAACUUCGAGCCAGACCUUGUUUUUGAGCCUGUGACGUUAAUACGUAAAGACGUACAAUGUGGUCUAAAAAACUCCCCCAAAAUCUGACUCGGGUGAAUUUGAUCUACUUAUCAUUGCACAAACUACUUAUCCAUACCAGCUUGAAUGCACACUCUCAUUAAAGCAAAAGAGGGGGAAACUCUUCAGAAACUAUGUGCCACUCAAAUUGUUAUGCUGAUAAUAUAAUUUGUAUGACAUUUUUUGUAUAAAUUAAAAAAAAUAUAUAUAAAUAGAAUCAUUUCCACAAGUAGUCUUUUGGGCCCCACUGUAUGAGGUUUGUCUUUUCUGAUCUUCUUGUAAGUUUCAAAACAAAGAUGUAGCAUUAAUGCCAUUAUUUGGCCUACAGUCCUAAAAAAUGGUUCUUCAAGGGUUCUUUAGUAAGGGCAGUGGUUCUGUUUAUAACCAUACAUUCUGUAUAGAACCACUUCAUGCUUAAAUGGUUCUCUGCAUGGUAAAAAGGUUAUUCAGCUUGAUGGAAAACAUGUUGUUCUAGAGCGAACCUUUUUGAAAAUGGUUCUACAACACCAAAUAUGGUUCUGCUGUUGUUGAUAUCAGGCUUCUAAGAAUGAAGGAACCCUUUUUGGUGCUAUAUAGAAAAUACACAGAACCUAAAUGGAAACAUUGCCUUUACUAAAGCACCCGUGAAGAACCAUCUUUUUAAAGUGUGUAUAUCAAAACGUGGACACCUGGUUUAACAUCAUCCAAGGUCACGUUUUCUUUUUAUGUUUGGAUAAAAAGAUAGGUCUUCCCAGCUUUCCUGUCUGCUCACCUGCAUCUGUGCGGUGGUCAUCCUCUGCUGACUUCAUGCCGUUGCUCAUGUGGAACGCUUUUCCUAAAAAAUCUUCCUAAGAGAGCCAGUGAACAUCCUAGAGAGAGAAACCUGUUCAUGGCAGAGAGAAAUAUAAAAUGUGAAACAUUUUAGUCAAGAAAAAGAAUCUGCUGUCUGUAAUAAGUUGAAAGGCUUCUUUUCAAUGUGAUGCUGCCUCUAUAGAGUAAAUGGUCACUAGCUGAUAGUAAGGCUUUGGAAGUUGAAUGGAGAGGAGUAUGUAGGUGUUGCAAGUGGCAGAUGAUGCAAGGAUUCCAGGUCUCUAGGAUUUCACUGAAUAAAGCCAAAUUUCUCAAAGCAAAA